AUGGCAAAGAAUCUUCUGAAGCAAUGGUUCGCCCAUACAUCCAUUCCAUUCAUCGCCAAUGCACCCAUGUUUGGCUUCGCAGAUGUCAAUCUAGCAACUGCAGUAACAAAAGCUAGCGGGCUCGGCUUCAUUGGCGGUGGCUUCGAUUUCAAGCCGGGGAGCACACAGCUCCAAAGCCUGGACACUCAAUUGGCCAAAUCCCGUACUGUUCUCGAUCUAGCAGAUGGUGAUAUACUGCCACUUGGUGUUGGCUUCAUCACAUUCCAGCCAGAUGGGUUUGUGGAGAAUGCCGUUCUUAUCCUGCGGAAGCAUCGAGUGGCAGCGAUCUGGCUAUCAUUCCCUCAGGCAGAUGCUGAUCAUCUUCCAAUGAUUCAAGCUAUUCGAGAAGCUCAGGAGACUUCAGACUGGGAGACGAAAAUAUUCGUUCAGGUUGGGACUGUCAAGGCCGCAAGGGAAGCUAUCGAGCAGGGUGUCGAUGUUUUGGUCGUUCAGGGCACUGAUGCCGGUGGUCAUCAAUGGGCCCAAGGUGCUAGUAUUGUGUCUCUUUUGCCUGAGGUGAUGGACAUUUUGGUGAAUCCUGGCGAUCGGUCGGUUGCUGUACUUGCUGCUGGGGGUAUUGUUGAUGGGAGAGGGUGUGUUGCUGCUCUUGGUCUCGGUGCGGAUGGAAUUGUCAUGGGUACAAGAUUCGUUGCAACCUCCGAAUGUCCAGCUCCGUCUGUUAUGAAGGAGACCAUCGUCUCUAGUAGUGAUGGUGGAGUCUCGACUAUCAAAUCUACUCGGCAUGAUGUGUUCCAGUCAACUGAUGUCUUUCCGAGGCAGUAUGACGGGAGGGCUGUUAUUGGGAUGAACUAUGAGGAAUCCGAGGAAGGGGUUAGUGACGAGGAGGUUAUUCGUCGGCACAAUGAGGCCAGGGAAGCUGGCAAUGAUCAGAGAAGAACCGUUUGGGCCGGUGCUGGCAUUGGAAGUAUCAAUGCAGUGGCGUCUGUCGACGAUGUUAUAAAGUGUACACAGCAACAGACUCGGACUAUCUUGGAUCGUGUGCGAGCUGUGAUUUAA